AUGGAGAGCUCACCUGUGCUAGUCCCCCAGCCCGACCCUCAGGCCCAGGGCUACACUCCGCUCUAUCUCCCUCCACCUUUACCUCUGUUCCAGUCACUACCGUUCCUUCCGUCAGUGAGCGGUGGCAGUGUUAAGCAGCCGAUGCCCCCUCUAGGGGUGGACCCCAGGGUGAUGGGGAUGCUGCACAAUUACCAUUCUCUGGGUCAGCUGCCGUGGGCGGCUCUGGGUGCUGGCGACCUGGCCCUCAACCGUCUCCUGUUGACUCCUGGAGGCCGCCUCAGCCGACCUAAGAAGCGCUACAUCUGCAAGUAUUGUCAACGGGAGUUUACCAAGAGCUACAACCUGCUGAUCCACGAGAGAACACACACGGACGAGCGGCCCUUCCCCUGCAACAUCUGCGGCAAGGCCUUCAGGAGACAAGACCACCUCCGCGACCACAAGUACAUCCACAGCAAGGAGAAGCCCUUCAAGUGUGAGGUGUGUGGCAAGGGGUUCUGUCAGGCGCGCACCCUGGCCGUCCACAAGGCCCAGCACGCCCACGACUCCACCCCGCCCAUCCUCAGGCAUUCCCCAGCCAAACAAGUUGUUCUCUCGCUCCCUUCUCCUGACGCAGAAGUAAGUUUAGACGUCCUCCACUGCGGCGACGACGACAUGAUGCAGACGAUGACUGAAGAAGCAGAGAUCCCCGUCGUCUCCUCACCGCCGAAGAGACUCGGCUUCUCUAUCGCCGACAUCAUGAGGAGAUAGCUGGGACGCCUCCUGCCUCCUCUGUUCCCCGUGACCCUCAGUGCCAUCCUCCACACGGUGCCUAGAGUGC